AUGUCUAAAGGUCGCGACCACACCCCAGAACAGCUCUUCAAUCUUCCGACGACUUCAGGAGGAAUCCACAAAAUGUUGGCGACAGAAUUGAACGAAAGAUAUGACGAUAUGUUGCAGUCUAUUCCCAAUGCAGCUCAGACACUUUCCUGGGUUGCACUAGCCGUACGUCCUAUCUCUUCACUGGAAAUGGAGACUGCGUUUUCAUGGAUAAGAUGUACCACAAUCUCUGAACCAGUGGCAGCCUCCAAGAUGCCAGCUCAAUCUUUAGGCCUUGCUGAACGUCUAAGCAAGUCGACAGGGGGUUUACUAAGAAUUUUUUACAGCCAUCGGGGCUCUACAAUUCGUCUUGCCAAUGAAUCGGUCAGGGAUCCUCUCCUUCAAAGCAGAAUGAAAGAACUCAGUGUCCCAUUGUCUGAGAUUUCCAGAGGAAGGAGUAUGGUGCAUCUUGAGAUGGCCCGCACUUGUCUGCAAUAUAUGCUUUCAAAUGUGGCGACAGUUCGAACAGCACAAGAAUUCCCCUCAGCCAUAUUAGCACAGUAUCCAUUUCUCGAAUAUGCAACAAGCUACUGGGCAGCACACGCCAAAGCUGCUAAUUCUGGCUCUAUCAGCGACGAUGAGUUUCUCCGCUAUUUCCCCUGGCCUACAGAUGCAGAGAUGAAUCUUGUUGGUCUUGCUUCUUCCAUUAUACAUCUCAAUUUCGGUACAAUGACAGAGAAGUACUCAACUUUUCUGCACUACGCGGCUUACUGCGGACUCGAUAAACCUCUCCGAGCAGUUAUGUCAAAUCGUGGGAAGCAUGAGUAUAAUCUUGAUAUCGACACGCGCACUUGUUCUGGCAGAACUGCACUCCAUAUCGCGGCUUCCAUGGGUCACUGGUCGGUUGUCAAUUAUCUUUUGAGUCGAGGUGCAAAUGUCCACGCAAAGGAUACAGUCUAUGGUAACUCUAUCUUGCAUUGGGUCGCACUGUCACCGAUGACUGAAGGCAAGAUUCAGUCACUUGAAUACCUCAUUCAAGCUUCUGCGGAUGUCAAUGAUACCUCAAAUGGCAUGACGCCGCUAGCACUAGCAGUCGCUUAUGGAGAUACAACUGUUACCUCAGCUCUGCUCAAAGCCGGAGCUCACCCCGAUGGAAUGGAUCGCCAUCGUGGACUUACAGCGCUUUCUUUGGCGAUCGUUCACAAACAUGUUAAUGUCAUAUCUCAGCUGUUGGACGCAAAUGCUUGCCUGAAAUAUGGUGACAUCAAGACGGGCUUGACUCCGCUGGAGAUAGCGAUCGCGACGAAGCAGCACGAUGUCGUUUUCAUGCUCCUGAAAAAGGGAGCCGGUGUCUCUCUGCCGACGCUGGCACCGGUACCACAAAAUCACGGAGCCGGCAAUCAAUAUGAUAGGGAUCGGAUGUGGCUCAACCGAAUGCUACUCUGUUUCCGAGAUUUCGCAGGAUCCGCUUUCGUUGAACGUCCAACCCAGCCCGACAAAGCCUCCGCUGCAUGUUCGAAUCAAAAUAUCAAACCCACUCAUCACCCUUCAUCGAUCAACAGUCGGAAAAGGACAAAUCGUGAUGAGUCUGAUCAGCAAGAGGAAGAAGAUGAUGAUGACGAGGAUCAUUCGAAGCGUCCUAGGCGCUCUACAAAUCUCCCAGAAGACAAGGCGGACGAUGAUGCCGAGCGCCUAUGCCCUUACUACCUUCGCGACAAGCGGAAACAUCGCGCCUGCAGAAAAUCCACGUUCAAGAAGGGCAGACUUCAUCACGUAUUGGAGCACCUUAAGAGAGUUCACUACAAAUCAAUUUGUAUGAGAUGCAAAAGAAUCUUCCCCAAUGACACUGAAUUGAAGGAGCAUUCACAGCAGAAAGAACCAUGUCCAUUGAAUAUGACACGAAAUUACGAAGAUGGCUAUGACCUAGAGCAACACAACCUCCUUCACGCUCGGAAAAGGGGAAGUGAGGAAAAAUUGGGGUCAGAUGGUUUCUGGAACCGUAUCUGCCACAUCCUCUUCAAGGAUUAUGAUGAAAUCAAGGAGGGUUUAAACAAUUCAGGAGCUGCUGAUAUCUCCGAGAACUUGCAGGGCUUCGAAAACUUCAUACGCCAAGAUAUACUACACAAUUCUUCGCUAAGACAAAGUAUUAGGGAGGUAAUUGGUAGGACCGACGAGGUAGCUGAGACAACGAUUUUGAAGGCAUUUCGCGACCUUCCUGAUUCCUUCAGCGAGAGAUACCUGCAGCGGCGAAAUGCAGUCCCAGCCUCGGCGUCGAGUGGCCUCAGUCUGCCGCAACCAAGAUUAUUGGAACAUGUCUCUACGCAGAGUAUGACACAUGCGGACCCGAGCAGCGAUGGAGAACGGCACUCGGAUACCUACGUCUCACAAUCUAGCCUCGACACUCCGAGAUGCGGCUAUCGACAGCUCCCAGUGCACUCGAUCUCGUCAAGGGGACACCAUGGACCUCCUCUAUCGAUCGAGUCUUACCCUCCUCGACCAUCACUCCCAAUCAAUCAAGCGAACCCAGUGUAUCCCAUUCUCGCUCAGUCUCAAACACCGUUUUACAACCCUAAUCUACCACAGCAGCAAUCUCUACCAUAUUCUCCCUGGUCCUAUCAGCCUCAGCCGGGAUACACCACCGUGCAGCCAUUCCUUCCCGACAAUACCAUGACAUAUCAUAAUCCAUGGAGCGGCUACUAUCCGGUCAUGGAAAAUGGGUUUAGCAGUUCGAACCAGCAAACCAAUCCGAUCCCAUUCGACAUGUAUGGAUCAAGUAACUCGCAUGGGCCGAUCAUGAACAGCAUUGGGCAAGGGGGAACAAACACAUUGCAUGCAAUCAGAAAUCAAAAUACCUCCACACAGUCGAGUUAUGCCGUUUCAAACAUGGCCUCCGACCUAGGGAUGUCUCAUACCUCGGCCACCUCUCAAUAUCAGCCGGCAGCCUCAGAUUCAAGUGCCCUGGACAUCCUCCAGCGGAACCUGGACAAUGCUGGUUUGUCUGAGCUCGGUCCAUUCGACCCAGGCGAGCCUCCAAAUUCUGCAUCGUCUCCAUUCAGGCUUGACGAGGAAGGUGACCAAGAGGAUGUUGCUUCAUACUCUCCAGAACAGUAUACCGGGCAUGGGGGAGUUUCAAACACUCCGCGGUAUUGA